UCCCGCUCUCUCUGUCAGUAAAGGAGCUGAACGCCAGCCGGUGAGACACGAUAAGGAGCUGGCUGAGGGAGAACUGACAGAGCUGCCACCUUGCUGGGAGGGCUGGAUGACAGGGCAGCGGCACAGCAGAGCCUCAUUUUUUUGGCUUCAAUGAAUGUGUGAAGACUCAGAGGAGCACCUCAUCUUCCUGCUGGGGCUUGUGAAAAAGUAGAUUGCACUAGUACAGAUGGAAACAGCUUCUCAGCCUCUCAGUGGUUAGAGUUGGUCAAAUGAGUUUCCCCAGUGGAAUCAGAUAAACAACGACCGUGUUUACUUCACAAACUGUGGUUCCUGAUAAAACCUUCAGCAUUAACCAGGAUUGGCCUUUAGUCAGAGGUUUAAACUUAAAUUUAUUUGACCAAAUCCACAUCCCACAUCAAGCAUGGGCACAAGAGGCCUUUGCGGCUGCCUCCUUCUGACUGUGCUGCUCAGCUUAUCAAAUGCUGGGCUCGUGAAGAAAGUCCUACGGCAUCGACGGCAGACUCUGGCACCCCUCAGAGAUCAUAACAUCACUCUCCCGAGUGCAGACCAUCCUGUGGUUUUCAACCACAUCUAUAACAUCAAUGUUCCUGCCAGUGCCCUGUGCUCAGUGAGCCUGGAUGCUCCAGAGACCACACAGCUCCAAGCUAAAGAUGCACCAGUCUCUUCAGGCCAACACAUCACCGAGCACACCGUCGAUAGGGAGAACCAGAUCGUCUUCACCCACCGCAUCAACAUACCUCGGCAGGCCUGUGGGUGUACGGAGGGCCUGCCCAGCCUGAAAGACCUCAUUAGCCGGCUGGAGAUGCUUGAGGGAGAAGUUUCAGCUUUAAGAGAACAGUGCAAUAGUGACACGGCGUGCUGCAGUGCACAGCUCUCAGGUAAGGUUGGAACAAAACCCUACUGUAGCGGUCAUGGAAACUACAGUGUUAAAACCUGUGCCUGCACAUGUGAACCUGGCUGGAAGGGACCCAACUGCACUGAGCCCGAGUGUCCCAGGAGCUGCCAGGACCGGGGCCGCUGCGUGGAUGGAAAGUGCGAGUGCUUUAAGGGUUUCAGUGGAGAGGACUGCACACUCGAGGUCUGCCCUGUAGACUGUGGAGAGCACGGUCAGUGUGUGGGCGGCAUUUGCAUCUGCGAGGAUGCUUUCUUUGGUGAAGACUGCUCGCAGACCAAGUGCCUCAAUAACUGCCAAGGCCGCGGUCGCUGUGAUGACGGAGACUGUGUGUGUGAUGAACCCUGGACUGGUGUCGACUGCUCUGAACUCAUCUGUCCUAACGACUGCUAUGACCGUGGUCACUGUGUGAAUGGCACCUGCUACUGUGAGGUGGGAUACACCGGGGAGGACUGUGGACAACGCAGCUGUCCCAACAGCUGCCAAGGUAAUGGUUUCUGUGUUGAUGGCCAGUGUGUCUGUACUGCUGGCUACACUGGAGAGGACUGCUCUCAGCUCACCUGCCUCAACGACUGCAGCGGCAGGGGUACAUGCUUCAACGGGAUGUGUAUCUGUGACACGGGCUACCAAGGGGAAGACUGCAGCCAGUUAGCAUGUCUGAACAGCUGUAACAGCAGAGGCCAGUGCAUAAAUGGGCAGUGUGCAUGUGAUGUUGGUUUCCAGGGAGACGAUUGCUCUGAGCUCUCCUGCCCCAGCAACUGCCUGCACAGAGGCCGCUGCAACAACGGCCAGUGUGUAUGUGAGGAAGGCUUCAGUGGGGAGGACUGCAGCAUCAGGACCUGCCCCUCAAACUGCUAUGGCCGCGGAGAGUGUGUUAAUGGACGUUGUGUGUGCCAUGUAGGCUUCACCGGUGAGGACUGUGGUGAACUGAGCUGCCCUAACAACUGCCAAAACAAUGGCCGCUGCGUGGAUGGCCAGUGUGUUUGUGAUGAAGGCUUCUCUGGGGAAGACUGCAGUCAGAAAGCUUGCCCCAACGACUGCCUGGCCCGGGGCUACUGUUUUGACGGUAAGUGCAUCUGUCAGGAAGGCUUCUCAGGAGAUGACUGCUCUGUGCUCGCCUGUCCUGAUAGCUGCAACAACAGGGGGAGCUGCAUCAAUGGCAAGUGCACAUGUGAGAGUGGAUAUGGAGGAGAAAGCUGUGCAGAGCUGAGCUGCAUCAACAACUGCCAGGACCAAGGCCACUGUGUGAAUGGUCAGUGUGUCUGUGAUGAGGGCUACAUCGGCGAGGACUGCUCAGAAGUGUCUCCUCCAAAGGACCUUACAGUUGGCGAAGUCACUGCCGAUACAGUUGAUCUGUCCUGGGACAACGAGAUGUUGGUAACAGAGUAUCUUGUGACGUAUGUGCCCACAAGUCCCGGGGGUCUUCUCCAGGAGUUCACUGUGUCUGGAGACAAGGCCUCUGCCACUGUCAAAGAGCUUGAACCUGGCAUUGAAUAUCUGAUCAGUGUCUAUGCCAUCCUGAGCAACAAGCGGAGUGUCCCUGUCAGUGCGAGGGUGGCCACAGAUCUCCCACAGCCAGAGGGUUUACGAUUCAAAUCAGUGACAGAGACAUCAGUAGAGGUGAUGUGGGACCAGCUGGACUUCUCCUUUGAUGGAUGGGAGAUCUAUUUCCGCAACACGAAAGAAGACAAUGGAAAAGUUGUCACCUCCCUUCCACCCACUCAAAACCAGUUUCUCCAGUCAGGCCUGGGACCAGGACAGGAGUAUGAAGUCUCCAUCAGCAUCGUCAAGAACAGCACCAGAGGACCCCAGACUUUCAAAACAGUCACUACCAAGAUUGACGGCCCUCGGCAGCUGGAAGUGAAGGAUGUGACGGACUCCACGGCUCUGGUCAGCUGGUCCCAGUCGGUGGCUCCUAUGGACAGAGUCACCAUGUUUUACAGCCCCACCUCCAACCCCUCAGAUGAAACCACUGUGGAGGUUUUACCACCAAACAAGCAGCACACCAUUGACAAACUGAGGCCAGACACUGAGUACACAGUGUCACUCAUCUCCAGGAGUGGAGACCUCAGCAGUGACCCUGUCACCACCAAAUUCACCACAGAACUGGAUGCCCCGAAGCACCUACAGGCCGUGUCCCAGACGGACGACAGCAUCACCCUGGAGUGGACCAACAGUCGGGCUGAUGUCGGCAGCUAUCGGGUGAAGUACAGCCCCAUCUCUGGAGUGACUCAUGGCGAGGAAGUGUACCCACAGGGGCCAGGAGACACCACAAAAGCUACUAUCACUGGGCUAAGACCAGGGACCGAGUAUGGGAUCGGUGUGACUGCUGUGAAAGAUGAGAGAGAGAGUCUCCCUGCUACUGCAAAUGCAGCAACUGAUAUCGAUCCUCCCAGAGGUUUUAUGAACAUAGACUCCACAGACACUUCGCUCACUUUAAAAUGGCAGAAACCUCAAGCCAGAAUCAGCGGCUACACGCUGAUGCACAUCUCCAGAGACGGCCAGGUUGAAGAGGUGCAGAUCCCGGCCACAGCGUCCAGCUACGUCUUGUCCAACCUGGCUCCUGGAAUGAGCUACACCCUCACUUUGACUGCAGAGAGGGGGCACGAGAGGAGCGCACCUGUCACCCUUCCUGCAUCCACAGCCUCUGUCAUAUUUUAUUUAGCUGGCUCAGACGACCAUGAGCUAACGACUCCUACAGGCUCGGAGGACAAUGUCAUUAGCUUUGCGUAUCUAGACCCCUCUGACUCCCAGCUCUCUGGGAUGGAGCCUGAGGAUGAGCAUGGAACGCUUAAUAUUUCAGGCACCACAUCUGAUGGAUUUGACCCCUCAUGGAGACUAAAGGCUCACGGUGUCUAUAAUAGUUCCACAGUAGAAUAUAAAGACAUGGAUGUGAGCGAGGUCCAGCUUCCUGGAGAUGCCACUGGCUCUAGAAUCGAAGGCCUGACGGCAUCGACAGGAUAUCAAGUAAAACUUUAUGAAACAACAAGUAGCCAAAGAUCUGCACUACUUGAAGCCGAUGCAGUCACAGAUGGAGUCGCCCCGACAACCCCACAGUCUGCUCUGGAAAAUGAAGCAGGUCAAAGCCCAGAUCUCCACCGUGCUCCUUCCACCUUAGAUAACGAUUUGACGACAUCUGGGGCUGAGCCUGAAAGCUCGAACCUGGAUGUACUGGGCGACCUCACAAAUGUUACCUCCUCUAGUGUAAGGCAGGCUUGGUCGGCGCCCGACGAGGCGUUCGAUAGCUCUGUGGUGGUGAUCAGUGCUGCAGCAGGGGCAGCACAAGCUCAGGUGCCCACACUACCAGGAAGUGUGAGGGAUGCUGAGAUAGAGGGUUUGUCCCCCUCCACACACUAUGAUAUUACAUUGCAAGGGCUGGUGCAAGGAAAGCAAUCUUUUCCUCUCAAAGUCUUGGCUGCCUCAGUUGACCCAGAGGAGGUGACGCCCGGGGUGUUGAACCUCACCAUCUCUGACAUUACAUGGGACAGCUUCACUGCGUCCUGGAGCCCCACUGGUGGGGACUUUGACAGCUUUGUCAUUGAGGUAACAAACUUGAAGAAUGUGGAAGAAAGCAACAACCUCACUCUGUCUGGAGACGCCUUCAGCCUGGACAUCCUCUGGCUCAGUCCCAACACCAGCUACUUGGUUGGCCUGUAUGGGAUGUAUCAGGGCUCCUUCCUUGAACCCGUGUACAGUGUAGCCACUACAGAGGCUGAGCCGGAGGUGGAGCAUCUCUUUAUCUCAGACAUCACAGCUGAUGGCUUCCGUCUGUCAUGGACGGCUGAUGAAGACACGUUUGACAGAUUUGUGAUAAAAAUAAGAGACGGCAAAAGAUUAGCUCAUCCCCAGGAGUACAGCGUCCACGGUGAUGAACGAACCAUGGUUUUAACUGGACUCAUGAGCGCCACCGAAUAUGAAAUCGAGCUUUAUGGAGCCAAAUUGGGCACACGCUCCCAGCCUAUUAAUGGGGUUGCUCAGACAGGCCUGAGCAACCCAAGAGGACUUCACUUCUCUGACGUGACUGACUCCUCAGCUGUAGUUCACUGGUCCAUGCCUGUCUCUCCAGUGGAUAACUUCCACAUCACCUAUGUGCCCUUUGAAGGAGGAAGCCCAAAGACAGUGACUGUGGAUGGCAGCGUGUUCAAGGUUUUACUGCCCAGCAUGUUUCCUGGCAAGACGUACCAAGUGACCGUCAGUGCCGUGAAGGGUCUGGAGGAAAGUGACCCCAGCACUGACACUAUCACCACAGCUCUGGACAGACCUCAGGGUUUGACUGCAGUGAAUGUCACUGACACCUCAGCGCUUCUGCUGUGGCAGCCGUGUGUGGCCACUGUUGAUGCUUACGUCAUUACCUACAGUGCAAAUAGAGUGUCCCCAAAGGUGGAGUCUGUUUCUGGGAACACCGUGGAGUUUGAGAUGGGCUCCCUGGAGCCAGGAACCCACUACACAGUUGGAGUUCAUGCUAUGAAAGAAGCUCAGAAGAGUGAAUCUGCCGUUACUGAUUUCAUCACCGUUGUGGACCCUCCUCGUGAUCUGACAGCUAUCAACGUCCAGAGUGACAGCGCUACUCUCACAUGGAAACCUCCACAUGCCGCCGUCACCGGUUACACACUCACCUUCUCUUCUGUUGAUGGUACAAUCAGGGAAGUGGUGCUAAGCCCCACAGCCUCCUCUUACAGCAUGACUCAGCUACUGGGCUCUACAAAGUACAGCGUCAGACUACAGGCCAUGGCUGGAGCCCAGAGGAGCCGUCAUGUAACCACCAUCUUCACCACCAUUGGACAGUUGCACAGACUCCCCAGGGACUGCGCUCAGAUUUUACUGAAUGGAGAGACGACCUCUGGUGUGUUCACCAUCUAUGUGGGCGGAGAGGAGAGCCAGCCCAUCCAGGUUUACUGUGACAUGACCACAGAUGGCGGAGGAUGGAUGGUUUUCCUUCGACGCCAGAAUGGAAAGCUGGACUUCUUCAGGAACUGGAAGAACUACACCGCUGGAUUCGGUAACAUGAAUGAUGAGUUCUGGCUGGGUCUUCCCAGUCUCCAUAAAAUCACAUCUUCUGGUUAUUAUGAGCUACGAGUGGACUUGAGGGACAAGGGGGAAUCAGCCUACGCUCAGUAUGACAAUUUCACAAUCGCAGAGCCAAGAACACGUUAUAAAAUCAACAUAGGAGCAUAUAGUGGAACAGCAGGUGACUCCUUGUCCUACCACCAGGGUCGGCCUUUCUCCACCUUCGACAACGAUAAUGAUAUUGCUGUCACCAACUGCGCCUUGUCCUACAAAGGUGCCUUUUGGUAUAAAAACUGUCAUCGUGUCAACCUCAUGGGGAAAUAUGGUGACACCAGUCACAGUAAGGGCAUCAACUGGUUCCACUGGAAGGGCCACGAACACGCCAUUGAAUUUGCAGAGAUGAAGAUUAGACCAGCCAACUUCAGAAAUUUUGAGAGCAGAAAAAAGCGAUCAUAGACUCAUGAAUCCCCUCCUCUUGUGCACCUCAUCUCCAUCCCCCUGAGCCUUGUCAGCAGUUGUCACACAAACUGAGGCAGUCACAGUCACACUGGCCGUAAUUACAUUUUGGAUGUGAGACCCAAACCCAGUAACAUUACACCAAAGAAUUAAAUGAAAAUCAAAUUAGUUGUGCUUUGUGUUGCCAUCCCAGUUUGACACUGUUGUAUGUGUGAUGAUAUUUCAGUGUCCCAAGAGAAAGUGGCUGUUGAAUUUGAGUGUGAAUGGACAUGCAGAACUUCUGUUACUGGGACCAGCCAGCUGUAUUCAUAGGACAAGUCAUUGUAAAAUUGUGUAAAUGGAUCAGUUAUAAUAUGUCAAGGGCACAUAGCCACAAGGUUUCAGGCCGCUCAUACCCACCACCGUAAUGGACAGACAAUUCAGAGCUGUUAACAGUGACUAAAAUUAUCAAAUGAUGAUAAACAGAAUUAACUCCAUUAGAUAUUGUCAUGUUUACUGUACAACCAAGAGAACCUUCCACUAAUACCACUGAAUUCAUAUUUAAAUUCUGGUUUACCUAUUUUGAUAGAAAACAAAUGAUGCUC